UUCACCGCGAGUAGGCAUGAGAGUAGGAGCGGUCGAUUGCUUCAUUCAUUUUCUGACAAGAGUAGCGCAGCGUGUGCCAAUGCAAAGUAGGCAACACUCAACCCCGCUGGUUAACAGUAGCUAGGCGCUUACUUUGGUAUGAUAUUUUGGCGGUGAGCGAUGGAAAUGAAAGACUCGUGCAGUGUCAUUUUAACAGCAUACCAUUCAUACGCACAGUCCAGGAUACAUUUGGUGGAUGAGGGCUAUGCGCCUCCAAGACACUCUCCUUGCAGGAAGGUGCAGUACCAGGGGAUAGACCUACUAGGCAGGAUGAGUUCUAGGGGGACCAGGCCCUCUCCCCCUCCCAGCCCACCAGAGCGGCCGGCGUCACGGGACUCCCAGGACUCCAUGGAGGACUACUGGAGCGAAGUGAAGAACAUUGAGGAAGAUGGCCAGCGGGGCCACGAGGACUUGCUGGAGAGGGGCAGUAUGGACGAGGCGGAGCAUGAGGAGGCGUGGCUGCAGGAUGCGGGUCUUUCCACGCUGGUGUCGGGGGCGUUGGGGGAGGGGCCUGCGGAGGCGCUGCUCUCCACGCUAACGCGCUCACAGGCAGCCAUGGUGAAGAAGCGUGUGGAUAAUUACACCCUGACCGUGAGGAAGAGGAGCAAGCAGCCGACUAGACACGUCCGAGACAUCUUCUCCACGCCAGACACAUCGCCAGUUGAUCCCAUACUGGCAGGCCCCCCUGUCCCCCCCAAGUCACCCAAUGGAGACAUGCCUUCCAGAUGCGUCCACCGGACGUCUUCUAGAGUGCGGCCUGCGUGUCCCAGCUUCUCCCAGAGCACAGAGAGAUGUGUUUCAGAGUGCCCUGCGUGUCCUAGCUUCUCCCAGAGCACAGAGAGAUGUGUUUCAGAGUGCCCUCCCUGCCCACCACCUCAGGACACCUCUGACUCCCUGUCUUUCGAGGUGCCCUACUCCGAGGGCACCACUGCCCACCACAGGGGCCGCCAGGGGGACUGCCAGGACUGCCAACGCAUCCGCAGAGAUGACCAUGACCUGCCAACAUUUCAGCUGCCCAGGCCUAAACUGGGCCUCACCCGCAUCCAGGACCUGUCUUGUGAGGACAUGAAGAAGAUCGGCUACAUCUCUUUGAUUGAACUGACCACCUUCUACGACGGCCUGGGCAUCGAGCUUAAACGCAACCGAGCGGCACGUAGCAAGGCCAGAGAAAGUGGUAUAUUUGGAGUUCCCCUGACCACUCUACUGGAGAACGACCAGAAGAAGUUUCCUGGGUCCAAGGUUCCUCUUGUGUUCAGAAAGCUCUUGUCCAAGCUGGAGCAGACAGGACUACAGACUGAGGGGAUUCUCAGAGUACCAGGGUCUGCCUCCAGAGUAAAGCAUCUGCGCCAGGAGCUGGAGCAGAAGCUCUAUGAGGACCGGUUUGACUGGGAGCAGGUGAGGCACAAUGACGCAGCGGGUCUGCUGAAGAUGUUCAUCAGAGAACUGCCUUAUCCUCUGCUCACGCUCCAGCACGCUCCUGCCUUCUCCGCCGCACAGAAUAUCUCCUCUCCCAGACAGCAGAUCCAGGCCCUGCACCUCCUCAUCAUGCUGCUACCUGAGCCCAACAGAGACACACUCAAGGCGCUGUUGGAGUUCCUGAGGAAGGUGGUUGCCUAUGAGGAGAAGAACAGGAUGGGUCUGUGGAACGUGUCCAUGAUCGUGGCUCCCAACCUCUUCACCUACCGGGGCAAGAACGCCAAGCAGGAGGAGAUACAGGGCGCAGCAGGGGCAGCCCACCUCAUACGGCUACUCAUCACACACCAGGACCUGCUCUGGACCGUGCCCUGCUUUCUCAUCUCCCACGUGAGGAAGUUAAAUGAGGCUGGUGCCAGCAAGAAGCCGCCCAGCUCAGAGAAGACCAAGAGGAAGCUGCUACAGAUGAGGAGGAAGACCACUGAACGAGAGAAGACUGAGAGGAGCGAGCUCACUGACCUCCGACAAGGGGUCAUCAGGGUUCACGCCCCACUACACGCCAAGAUCUCCAUGGCGAUCCAGCUUGACAACGAGACCAAGGCCAAAGACGUUAUGGCGCGCUUCGACUACGAGAACGGUCGUGGCACCAGAAACACUAGCCGGAGGCCACAUCAGUAUUUGUAUGAGGUCGGAGGAAACAUAGGUGAACGUAGCUUGGACCCUGAGACUCACCUUCUGGACGUGUACCACGUGAAUCCCCACUGCGAAUGGGUCUUAAAACCCACAACCACAUGAGAACGGAGGAUUUCACUCACUCAAACACAGAGCACAAGCAGACUGAACCACUGCUCUCUUGAGGUCAUCCUGGUGAACUGACCAUGCAUGGAGACCUGGUUGAAUUGAGGUUUCAUCCCCAACUACAGACCACUAAAAAGAGAGACAGCACUUAAAAAGGGACUAUGGAGAGGUACAUUCUCCUGCUGAAGGAUAGAUGUUCCUGUUUUGUGGGAUGAAACCUUUUUUUUAAACAAAUGACAAAAAAAAGGACGGAACCACUGUUCUCUGAAAAUCCGGGUUCUGUAUGGAAGUAUUUGGAGGAGGGACAGCUUUGUGAAGACGUGCCACACACGUGACCAACAACAUACUAUUUCUGGACAUUCGAAUUGUUUGAUGCCAAAUAUGUGCGCAGCAAGGUUCACCCACUACAGAGGCCAUGGACACAGUAACAGACAAGGAUGGGUCCGAUAAUCAAAUAAUGUUUACCACUUCAUGCAAGACCCAGUUAACAUAUAUUUUCUAUAUUUAUACCACUAAUUGUUCCUGCUUUUAGUAUUGUCACACAUACUACAUGUAACUUUUGUGUCAUUUUGUAAUUGCAGCAUGUUGAUUGCAAAACCAUUGGGAGUGAGGAGAUUCAGAACAUGUGCAUGAAGGGAAGGAACAAGCGGAGAUGUGAUGAUCUUAUACUGAAUACAGACAUUGUUUCCAUCUCCAACGUUGAAACAACUUCCUUUUCAUGGUCUCUGAUCAGGACUAGGCAGGUGAUAACAAUUUAGUGAAAGCCUAUCCAGUCCCUUCACCUGUCAGUGGUCAUGAUGGAAAGGUGAUGAGGAGAGGAAGCUGUGUCAGAGUAUUGAAACACAGCCCCACAUCAGAAACUUCAUAGCAGUUUGCCUGACAUGCUUACAAACUGAUUUUACUUAGUUUCACUUCAAACCAGUGUUCAGUCUGUUUUAACCAGGCUAGUCUUUGUCUGCUUACAGUGUUUGAACUUGUGAAUAAUGUUUACUUUCAGGGCAUGUAUGUACAGUAUGUAUGUAUGUAUGUAUGUAUUAGCCCAACCAACCUCUCUCCACUUUGUUCUGGGUCGUUCCACCAACUUUGUGCCUUUUGAGAAGUGUAACUUAGUCAAAAAUAUUGAUUUCACCUAAUUUGAACAUUCUGUCAUAAAGAGCACAUGUUAAACUUAAUUUAAAAAACUGUUUUCCCAUCAAGGUAAAAUAAAAAAAUAAGUUCAUAUUAAGUGCCAAAUAAAGUAACAUGGCUAACUGUAACAGGGUUGAUGAUUUAAUCUUAAAACAGCCAUAAAUCCCCUUGUUGUGAGAAAUUUGAAAGUAAGCUUCAAAAUGUUUUUUAUUUUAUUAUUGUUAAAAAAUUACGUUAUGUUCGACCCCCACACACUUUUCCAUCACAAAACACCAGAACAUGGUAAAAGAAAAAGAAAGAGUAGAACCAACUCACCUGCUUUUACACCAUGGGGUUGACUAGUAAAUGUUCAAUGUUUCUUUUGAAAAAGACAUUUAUAAAGGAAUAGUUCCGCCAUGUUAAAACGAGUUCAGUUCACGUAACAGGGUUGACCUUAAAAUGAGGGACAGACGUAAAUGAAUCACUCAUCACGUUAAAUAAAUCUUCAGAAAUGACUUUUUCAGAGAAAUUAAACAACUAGGACUUUACAGUGAUGGUGAAAACCUGGGAGACAUUUUGGGGUUAAGGGGGUUAAAGUCUUUCUAGAAGUCAGAGUUGACAUUCGGAGUUGCUGAAUUUUGGCACUAUUAAAAUACUUAUUGGAUUCUUCAUGUGGUCUAUAUUAAAGGGCACUUAAUUUAAUAUAACAGGCUUUUAAAAUGCCUUAUUGGUGCUCGAUUUCUACUUAGCAUAUUAAAGGCACUCUUUGUGGAACGACCAGCAGUGUUAACCUAGCCUGGCUUCCAACCUGGUUUCACUUCAAACCAUAGUAAAUUCAGUCUGGUCUAACCAGGCUAAUCGUAGCAUUUGAACUUGCGACUGUUUACUUGCAGCUCAUGUACGUAUUAGUCAAACCAACCUCUCUCUACUUCUACUAUGCUGUGCUGUUACUGUAGUUCAGUGUUUGCCUGUGCCAUGAUUGUCAGCCUUUUGUUGUUACAAGUAUUCUGUGGUCCCAAAAUGAACCUGUAGAAAAUGCAUUGAAAACAUCGUUCUGCUCAGGAUUAUUUAAUUUAUCCUUCCAAAGCCAUUGUGUGUAAAAUAAUUCUGUGAAAGAUUAAUUUGUACCAUAGACCUACUACAAUGUGUGUAUUGUCUGUAUAUAGAAUACUGAAUUUUGCACGUUUUUAUUUUGUUUUAUUUGCUUUCUUUUAUUUGACCACGACAGUUUUGGCCAAGUGGCACAAUGUUUCACUGACACUGAGUAACAAUGGAAUAUAAAGUAAAGUAAAACAUUUCCUUCUCA